AUGAAGGUCGACAACUUUUCCCCCAUAUCACCACUUCCGAAGUUUCCAAGUAAGCUAAGAUGGCCUGCAUUUAUUGGUGUUCUCACCCUCCUGUCUUACUACUACUACUUGGGCACGACCCCGCGAAUAUUCGCCUCUCCUACUUUUGAUUUACGCCAAACAUUGCUUUCCGUUCCCUCAUCUGAACAUACACGCAACUGGAGUGCGUAUUAUACGUCAGAGUCACACCUUGCCAGCCAAGGCUGGAGGCAAGCGCAAUGGACUCAAGAAAAGUGGAAGGAAUUUGGUGUCGGAAAUACUACAAUUUCUUCCCACGAUACCCAGCUUCCACUGCCGACAAACGAGCAGCGAGUCGCUCUUUCAAGGAAUGGCCAAAUCCUCUACGAGGCACCUUUGGUAGACUAUAACACGUCUGCUGGCUUUGUACCCGCAUACUUUGGCUUUUCAGCUAACGGUAACGUCUCGGGCUCUUAUGUCUUUUGCAACUUCGGCAGCAACGAAGACUUCGAAGCUCUCGCCCAACGUAACGUUAGCCUCAAAGGAAAUAUUGGCAUUAUCAAGUUGGGCAAUGCAUCGCCAUACGUACGCCAGAAGCACUUGUCGAUAUUCCGUUCCCUCUCUGUCGCUAAUGCAGAAAGAGCGGGGAUGAUUGGUGUGGUUUUAUACACUGAUCCCCAAAAUGAUGGUAGUAUGACUGAAGGCAACGGAUACAAGCCUUUUCCUGCUGGACCAGCGCGACCGCUAGAAGCAAUUGAAAGAGGAGGCUUUGGUAAUAUUGCGGAUUACCUCAGGGGCGAACUACCUAGAAUCCCUAGUAUACCCAUCUCCACUGUCGAUGCAAUUCACCUUUUGAGAGUUUUGAACGACCAUGGGCCUCAAGCAAAAGAGAUGGGAGAUCGGUGGGAAGAGGGAGGCUUGGAAUAUUAUGGUGUUGACUAUAAUGUCGGGCCAUCGCCUCCUGGGCUCUCUCUACACCUGAUCAACACUGCGAAUAUUCGAGACACCCAAGUCCACAAUGUGAUCGGCACAAUUACUGGUAAAACGUCCGACGAGAUGAUCAUCCUUGGCAAUCAUCGUGACGCCUGGGGUCCUGGUGCUGGAGACCCUGGCAGUGGAUCCGCUGCAUUGAACGAGGUCGUUCGCAGCUUUGGUGCAGCCCUUCAGCAGGGCUGGCGCCCAGAGCGUACGAUUGUCUUCGCAAGUUUUGAAGGGGAAGAGUUCGCCCAAAUUGGCUCUCUACUCUGGAUUACUCAAAAUCUCAAUUGGUUGCGAGCCUCAACGGUGGCAUAUCUGAACGUCGUUGUUGCGGCAUCCGGAACCCAUUUCCAUGCCAAAGCCAGUCCACUCCUCUAUUCAGCGAUACUUUCCGCAACAAAUAGUAUAUUGUCGCCGAAUCAAACUUCAGCUGGCCAGUCAGUGCGAGAUGUGUGGGGAGGCGAGAUCACCCCUGCCGGCAGCGGCGAUGCAAAUCGUUUCAUGUCUAUCCCUUGCAUUUCGACACUUGAUUUUGGAUUUUCACCUGCUUUAGGGGAGCCUCCCUUCCCAUAUCAUACUGGCUUCGAUAGCUUUGAAUGGAUGGACCGAUUUGGCGACCCAGGAUGGAAAUACCAUGUCACUAGUGCGAAGAUAUGGUCCCUCAUGGCGGCACACCUCCUAGAGCCUGGACCGCUGAAAAUGAGCGUCACAGAUUACGCGGUGGCGUUCCAUGGGUGGCUAGGCGAGCUCCCAGACCGCGACCUGUGGUCUUCGAAGGUUGAUAUAACCCCUAUGACUGAUGCAGUCAAGCGAUUAUCUAGAGCUGCCAUCCGCUUUGACAGCUAUGCCGGAUCCUUGAAAAAGUCUCGGUGCACCUGGUGGAAGCUCUGGGCCAGAUGCGGACGAAACCCUGCGAUUAGUGAUGUAAACAAAAUUUACAUAGCAUUGAUACGACAAUUUUACUACGAACCGGGGUUGGAUGGACACAAUGACCAUCACCAUGUCCUUUUCUCGCCGUCUGCCUGGCACAACUCGCCGCCUGCUAUGCCUGGACUUAGCAAGAGCUUACAGGCAGGAGAUUGGAAGAACGCUCAG